UGGACACAGGGUGCAAGCGGGAACCGGAAGUCUAUGUCUAUGUAUUCUCCAUGAUCUCUUGUCUUGGAUGCCGGCGAAUGUCUCUGGGAAGUGAUCUCUGCGGCAGGAGGACACAAGACAUCAAAGGUGGUCGGAACAUGGGAGACCUUCUGGGGAAACAAAGGCCGUAAUUGGGAAAAACCAGCCAUGAGAUGGAAGGAGAGCAUUUUGGGGGAUCAAGAGGGGCCAAGGAGGUAGGAGCCAAACCAAGUGGAUUUCCAAGGGAUUCUACCCCAAGAAGAUGAUUGCAAUGGAAAGGGAAUGAAGGCACCUUCUGCAUGCGAGAAAACACUCAGUUGUAAAUCACGCCUCAAUGCACACUGCGGAACACACAUGGAGAAGAAGCCAAGUUCAUUCAUAGCGCAUGGAAAGAGCUUCAGUGAGAAUUCACAGCUGAUCUCACAGACAGGGGAGAAUGCUGUGAAUGGAGAUGGAUCAAAUAUGCAAGACAGAAACCAAAUGGAGACUUCAAGAGGUGAAUCAGAUGCUUCUCUGAGUGGAGAUCCCCAUCUCAUCCCAACUAUACCAGGAAAAAAGAAAAGAAAGAGAAGGAGAAAGUGUCCUGUAUGGCCAAAGAUCUUGAGUAAUAGCUCAAGUGCUAAGACACAGCCAGAAAUCCACACAUUGCACAAAUGCUUGGAGUGUGGAAAGAGCUAUAGUCAGAGCUCAGACCUUAUGACCCAUCAAAGAAUUCAUGCAAGAGAGAAGCCAUAUACAUGUUCAGUUUGUGAUAAAAGCUUCAAGCAAAGUUCAACCUUGAUUGCUCAUAAAAAAAUCCACAACAGAGAGAAAAGCUAUAAAUGCCGGAUUUGUGGGAAGAGUUUCAUGCACAAUUCGCACCUUGUUAUCCAUGAAAGAAUCCACACAGGAGAAAAACCAUUUAAAUGCCAGGAGUGUGGAAGAAGCUUCACUCAAAAGGGCACCCUCAGUACGCAUCAAAAAAUCCACACAAGGAGGGAACCGUAUCAAUGUGCGUUGUGUGGAAAGAGCUUCAGCCACAAUGCCCACCUUUCUUCCCAUCAAAGAAUCCACCCAGGGGAGAAACCAUUUAAAUGCCUGGAGUGUGGAAAGAGUUUCUUUUGGAAGUCAUCCUUUAAUUGCCAUCAAAAAAUGCACACAGGGGUGAAACCUUUUAAAUGUCUAGAGUGUGGAAAGAGCUACAGUGAGAGCUCAGAACUUAUUAAGCAUCGCAGGAUCCACACAGGAGAGAAACCAUUUGAAUGCCUGGAGUGUGGAAAGAGUUUCUUUUGGAAGUCAGUCUUUUCUUCCCAUCAAAAAAUCCACACAGGCGUGAAACCUUUUAAAUGUCUGGAGUGUGGAAAGAGCUUUAAUCGUAGUGAUCACCUUACUACCCAUCAAAGAAUGCACACAGGUGAGAAACCAUAUAAAUGCCUGGAGUGUGGCAAGAGCUUCAGUCAAAGUUCAGGCCUUAGUACCCAUCACAGAAUCCACACAGGGGAGAAACCACUUAAAUGCCUGGAGUGUGGAAAGCAGUUCCGUGAAAGUGGAGCCUUUACUAAACAUUUAAGAAUGCACACAGGGGAGAAACCAUAUAAAUGCCUGGAGUGUGGAAAGAGCUUCAGUCGUAGUGGACACCUUAGUACCCAUUAUAAAAUCCACACAGGGGAAAAACCAUUUGAGUGCCAGGUGUGUGGAAAGAGCUUCAGUGAAAGCUCAGAGCUUACUAAACAUCUAAGAGUGCACACAGGGGAGAAACCAUAUAAAUGUCCAGAGUGUGGAAAGAGCUUCAGUCAUAGCAAAGCUUUUUCUGCUCAUCAAAGAUUCCACACUGGGACGAAACCAUAUAAGUGCCCAGAGUGUGGAAAGAGCUUCACUCAGAGAUCUAACCUUAUUACCCACCAAAGAAUCCACAAUGGGACAAAACCAUAUAAAUGCCUGGAGUGUGGAAAGAGCUUCAAUCAGAGAUCUAACCUUAUUAGGCACCAAAAACUCCACACUGGGACGAAACCAUAUAAAUGCCUGGAGUGUGGAAAGAGCUUCACUCAGAGAUCUAAUCUUAUUACCCACCAAAGAGUACACACUGGGACUAAACCAUAUAAAUGUCUGGAGUGUGGAAAGAGUUUCAGUCAUAACUCAUCCCUUUAUGUCCAUCAAAGACUCCACAUUGGGAUCAAACCAUAUAAGCAUCUGAAGUGUGGAAAGAGCUUCAGUUGCAGUGAAAACCUUAGUGGGCAUAAAAAACUCCACACAGGUGAGAAACCUUUUAAAUGCCUUGAGUGUGGAAAGAGCUUUAUGUUCAGCUCUGCCCUUUCUAAUCAUCUCAAAAUCCACCCAGGUGAGAAACCUUUUAACUGCCUGGAAUGUGGAAAGAGCUUCAUCCAGAAGGGAAACUUUAAGAGACAUCAAAGAGUUCACACAGGACAGAACCCUUCCUAACACCUGGCAUUUAUGAAACAUUUCAUUCAGAGCAAACACCUCUCAUCCCAUCUAGGAUUGUAUGCACUGUAGCUAUCUCUUGUGUUUAAUCUGACAUAGCUAUAUAUUCCUUGUUUUAGUGCUUUAUGGGGCUAUUCACACAACUGCACAAGUAUGCAGGCCAGUUGGAGGAAAGGCAGGAAGGGAUGGCAGGGGGGAAGGAUGAUCUGGGAUCAUUCCCUGGAUGAUCCAUCCUUACUUACCCCUGUGGCGUGCAAGCUGUGUGCCCACAUGGUCCAUGCUACAGGGAGCAGUGUGGAUGAAUAUCCGUAGUGCUCCCAGCAGCAUGGAUCAACAGAGGCUGGGGCUCGUUUUCAUGACCUUUGUGUAUCCCACAAGGCACUCUGUGAUGAUGGCAGUACCUUGGGAGAUUCCCCCAUCAGAUGGACACUCUAGGCGCCUCUCUCUGUGUCCCCUUGAGCUCCAGGGAGUCCGAGGAGACACACAUGCCAGGCAGCCGGGUUAAGGGAGUGCUUGCUCCCUUAACCUUGGCUAAGAGGUGGGCUUAAGAGCCAGUUUAGGCUGGGUGAAGGCCCCGGGAUCCACGGAGAUCCUGGUGCUCCACAUGAGCAUGCUAGGCCCGGCUAGGCUGCCCUAACCUGGGCAAGGCUGCUUGUGAGAAGAGCCUCUCUCACUCUUAAGCCUCCUCUACUGGGUAUGUGCCACAGGAAUGAUAACAUGGCAGACGGUUUCCCUCUUAUGGAACCAGAUGGCAAUCUAGUAGAUGGAAAAUGUAACUAUUGGUUCAAAGAAUCCAAUUUUAUUUUAUUUCCCAACAAAAAAAGUCCCUUAAUUGUCUUUAGAACAUAACAUAUAGAAGUGUAACCCCCAAAGGUCAUCUGGAUGUAACUUCAGUCUUUGUCCCAUCUUUCAAUCCACAGUCUAAUCAUUUGUUCCCAUCUAACCUUCUGUGGUAGCAUUUGGGGGGAACUCACUGUGAAGGAACGAGGUACAGACCCCUUCUCUCUUGUAAAAAUCUUUUGUAUGAUAGCUGGUCUCUGUAAAAGGUUUCUCUGGUUUCACUUUUGUUUUUGCAAAACUGUCAGUUGGACUUUAGAGGGAAAAGUGAUUUUAAAUUAUGGAGGGAAUGUUUUAUUGAGAUCUGAUUGGCUGGACUGAGUAACUGGUGAGCCAGGAAAAGUGUAUCAAUUGGGGCAGUUUGAGAGGGAUUCAGAUGAGUUGAAGUGGACCGGCGUGGAGUUCCGUUCAGUGGAGGAGCAGUCUGGGAGAGCUGGAGAGCUGGAAGGUCAGCAGGAGAGAGAAGUCUGGACAGUCAGCCUGGAAGAAAUGGUUGCUGCCUGUUGGAGCAAGCCAGAGCUGAAGGGAGCAGAAGCUUGCUGGAGAAGCUGAAAUUGAAACUGAAGGAGAAACAAAAUUGAAACUGAAGGAGAAACAAAAGCCCCGCUGGAUUGAGCUGCAGACCUGUGCGAUAGAGGUGGGAUACAUAUUUUUGUGGAGACAAGCAAGCAUAACUGGCAUUUUUGAAAAAUGAUUUUUUUUUUUAAAUUGGGAUUUUUGAAAAAAAUGUUUUUGGUCCUAUUUGAGAAGAAAGUGGUUAGGUUAGAAAAGAUGACUGAGUAUAUGUCUAUGGUAGAGGCAGCUCUAAUGGACAACUGUCAAGUCAAAGGUCUUCCCUUUGAAGGGAAAAAUGUGUGGGAGAUGAGAGUUUUCCUGAUACAAGCUAAAGUAUUAACUGAUCAGAUACUAAUAAAAGGACCAUGAGUGUAAGAAAAAGAUAAGAUUAGACAACCUCUGGCUGGAGGAAAGAGAGGUGGAGAUAGCAGAGAUGAAAAUCCAAGGUCUGAAAAUGCAGGUGUUUACGUUGGGCAUAAAGACUCAGUGAGAGUGGUUCCCUGGUCGGGCAUAGCAAUGGGGAAUAGCAUGGUUGAAAUCAGGAAUGCUAGCUCUAGUAUAAAUUUUAAUAGGGAAAAGCGAAAUGCUUUAUGAUGUAAGUUAUUGGACUUCAUAAACAUAUCUGGAAGACAGA